AUGGAACUCAACCGAGAACAUUUUCGCGCCAUAAUUUAUUACAACUUUCAGAGACAAUUAUCGCAACAAGAAUGCGUUGCUGAGUUUCUGUCUGUUUUCGGCAACGAAGCGCCACAUCAGUCGACAAUUUCCCGUUGGUAUGGAGAAUUCAAACGUGGACGAGUGAGUCUUAGCGACGAUCCCAGGGCGGGUGCUCUGCGCAAACGCAUCAUUGAAGAUAUACGUGUGACAUAUAGCGAGAUUGAGGCGUCCUUGAAGAUCUCAAAGACCUCAAUUCAAAAAAUUUUACAUGAAGAAUUACUAGUAAGGAAAUUAGUUUCUUGUUGGAUACCCCACCUGUUGACUGAAGAGCAGAAAGCAGCCAGGGUUAAUUGGUGUCAAAAAACGCUUGACCGUUUCAAUUCCGGAAACUCAAAAAAUGUGUACAGCAUUGUUAGUGGUGAUGAAUCGUGGAUUUACUGUUAUGAACUAGAAAAUAAACGACAGUCGGCUGUUUGGGUGUUCCAAGGUGAAGAAAGACCAACAGAAAUGGUCGCGACAUUUGUGUCAAAAGCGGGUCAUAUUGCAACAAUUCCUCUUAAUGAGCAAAGAACUGUUACUGUGGAUUGGUAUACCACCAUUUGUUUGCCAAAAGUCAUCACCGAGCUUCGAAAAAUCAACAACGAAAGAAGAAUCAUCAUCCACCAAGACAAUGCAAGCUCGCACACAGCCCAAAAAACAAGGAAGAAAACACUGGGUGGUCAAAGGUUCCAGUCACCAGAAGAAACAGUUGACGGAUUCAAAAAUGCCGUUUUGGAUCUGCCAGCAAACGAGUGGAUUAAGUGCUUCGAAAAUUGGUUCGAGCGCAUGCAGAUGUGUAUUAAUCUUCGUAGAGAAUACUUCGAAAAACAAUAA